AUGUUUUCCGACGAUUCCGACAUCGAAGACACGCAUGACAUCACCAUCAACGAGCACUAUGCCAAAGCCUUCGAGUACCGCAAGGAGCGCGAAGAGCUCGCGAAACUGAAAGACAAGUAUGGGUCGGACUACGAAGGCGAAGAUGACGACGAGGAAGGCUCGGAGGACGGCGAGUCCGAAGACGAGGACGGCGAGGAGCUCACGCCCGCCGUGGACGCCGCGAUCCUCCGCACACUCGCGCGCAUCAAGCGCAAGGACCCCGCGAUCUACGAGGACGGAAAGGACGUGUUCGAGGAGGAACGGCAGCGGACGGGCGACGUGAGGCUCGCGCGCGCGCAGAAGCGCAAGGACAAGUCGAAGCCUUUGACGUUCCGCCAGGCCGCGCUCGACUCCGCGCUGCGGGGCUCGCGCUCGCCGACGCCCGAGCCCGCCCCGCUCACGCACGUGCAGGAGCAGGCGCGGCUGCGCAAGGACACGAUCGCCGCGUUCCAUGGCGCUGUGGAUGACGAGGACGAAGAGGAGCUGCUCGUGCCGCGCGAGAAGACGAAGGACGAGACGGAGCGGGAGGAGGAAGAGUACCGCGCGUUUCUGCAGCGCGAGGUCGGGGAGGAUCUGUCGGGGCUCAUCACGGUUGAGGGGGACGUGAAGCAAGAGCAGGGCGCGGCGAGGAAGAGGAGGAGUACCCACGUACAGGAGAUCACCAAGGGCAAGGGAGCAGCGAACGAAGCCUCGGACGAAGAGGACGACGCAAGCGUCAAGUCCGACUCGGAUGGGACUGGGGACGGAAACGAGCUGUUGGAUGAAGAUGAAUUCGAAGAGGUCGCCGACCGCUUCGAGAGCUCUUACAACUUCCGCUUCGAGGAGCCGGGUGCACAAGAGAUUGCGUGGCAUCCGCGUAACCUCGCGUCGACGGUCCGUCGAGAAGAUACUACACGGAAAGAAGCGCGAGAAAAGAAGAAGGCACGAAAAGAGGAGGAGCUGCUCAAGAAGCGAGAAGAGGUAAAGCGUCUCAAGGCGCUCAAAAUGAAGGAGCUCCGCGCGAAGCUCGAGCGCAUCGGACACGAGGGCGGCGAGAGCCUCGCCGACGUCGAAGCACUCCAGACGCUCGACCUGGAGGCGGACUGGGACCCGGAGGCGCACGACCGCAAGAUGGCAGAGCUGUACGCGAACGACGCCCCCGCGGGCGGGUGGGGCGACUUCGACGGCGACGAGGGCGACAUGGAGAAGCCGACGUGGGACGACAACAUCGACAUCACGGACAUCGUCGCGGACGACGGCGGGGACCCUUCAUCGUCCAAGAAGAAAAAGAAGAAGAAGAAGAAGAGCAGGGACGACGACGGGGAUGCAGGCGGGGUCGACGUCGACGAGAUGGACGCCGCUGUCGAGCGCAAGUCGAGGGAGGAAGACGAAGAGGAGUGGGACGGGACGGAGGAGAUGCGGAAGCGGAAGCUCGAGGAGUACAUGGACGAGAUCUACGGGCUCGACUUCAACGACAUGGUGGCGGGCAUGCCCACACGUUUCCGAUAUGCGAAAGUGGAGGACCAGGACUUCGGCCUCUCGCCCGCGGAGAUCCUGACAGCGACGGACGCGGAGCUCAACGUAUACAUGGGCCUCAAGAAGUACGCCCCGUACCGCAAGGAAGGUCGCGGGCGCACAUGGGACGGCCAGCGCACCGCGCGACUCAAGGAGCUCAAAUCUUCCCUGCGCGAGCGCGGCGCUGCCGGUGGACGCGGUGAAAACGAUGGGGAUAAGGAGAAAGUGAAGAAGAGGAAGGGAAAGAAGGAGCGGCUGCGCGAGAAGGCGGCUGCAGCUGCAGGCGAGGGUGAGGGAGGUGGGGACGGAGAGGGUGAGGAGGAGGAAGUUGCACCCAAGAAACGGAAGCGGGACGACCAAGCGGCUGUGGACGACGAGUCUGGUACACAUGAAAGUGCGACAAAGAAGAAACGUCGGCGACACAAGAAGUCGGGGGUGGCGGCGGCGGAAUAG